AUGGCCAGUACCUCCUUCUGCUUGCUCCAUUCACCCAUCUGCAAAUUCCCAUCUUCAUCUCCUUCCUCUGGCUACAGAACGAAAACCAAGUUGCAAGCUCGCCCAUCCUCUUGCUUGGGCCAGAAAGAGCCUAUUUGCAGCAAAAGAACCAUUCUUUUAACGAGCAUCGCGCUUCUUCCAUUUCGCCGUUUGAAGAGGGCCCCAGCUCUCGAACCACCACCGCCAACUCCAACAGAAGAAAAUGAGGUGAAGACACAAGACGAUAAGCAGAUAGCAACUGAAGUGGACAAACCAUCAUCUUUACGUUCUCUUCUGAACAUAAUUGGAAUAUUUUCUUCCGGUGUGUUGGGUGCUCUAUAUGCACUUACUCAGAAAGAAAAGUCCACUGCUGAAGCAACAGUAGAAACAAUGAACAGGAAACUGAAGGAAAAGGAAGAACUGAUUCUUUCCUUAAAGAAGGACUAUGAGUUGAAGUUACUGAAUAAGCAGGAGGAACAAGCCAAGCUACUUGAAAAGGCAAAGGAAGAGCAGCAAGUAUUGAUAGAACAACAAAAUUCUGCGAACAUCACUAUCCACCGCCUGGGACAGGAGCUAAAAAUCGACAGAAGUUUCAUUGAGGACUUGAAACUUCAAAUUGACAGACUUGAGGCUGAGCGUUCAAAGACUGAAAGAGAGAAGAAGGAUCUUGAAAGCAAUUUAAAGGAAAAAAUAGAUUCCAUUCGAGUUUUACAGGAAAGAGUCGAUCUUCUCAGCGUGGACCUCCACCACAAAGAAGAUGUUGUUAAGAAUCUCAAUUCAUCUCUUGCAGAAAAGGAGUUGGAAUUGAAGAGUUUGAAUUCUACCUAUGAGAAAACCAAGGAUGAGUUAUCCAAUGCACAAUUGCAGAUUCAAGGGUUGAAAGAUAAACUACUGAAAAGUCAAGAGGAAUUAGAAGUAAAAGAUUCCUUGGUGAUAGAACUAAAUUCAAGAGUGAGUUCCUUAAUUCUCGAGAAUGAUGAUUUUAGGAGUAAAUACGAUGUCUUGGAGAAGGAGUACAAUGACCUAAAGCUGACUACUGAAAGAAAGGCUGCUCUGGACUCCAAGGUUUUAAGUGAAAAAGAUGAGGAGCUUCAGCAGCUAAAUGAUCAGUUUAAACUUGCCCUACGUGAAUCAAGUAAAAACCUGAUGAUCAAUGCUGAUUUAUCCAAAGAAAGAGAUCUUUUGAAGGAGGCUCUUCAGAUUGAAUCUGGCAAAUUGAAUCAUUUGAAGUAUGAACUUCAAGUCACCAAAGAGAAUCUUGAAAAAUCAAGAGAUGAGUCUGCCAAAUUGGAAGACCUUCUAAAUGAGUCAAACAAAUUGUGCAAUGAGCUCAAGCUCGAGGUGUCUAAGCUUUCAUCUGAGCUAACUGAAGUUAAAUUAUCACUGCAGAGAAGCCUUGAUGAUGCAAAACAUGAGGCAGAAAAGUUAGCAAGUGAGCUCACAGAUGCAAAGGAACAUUUGAAGAAAGCAGAAACAGAGCUUCAAGGCAAGUCCCAUGAACUGACUGUUGCUCUUGAAAAGCAUGAUAGCCUACAAAAAGAAUUAAUUGCCGUGUACAAGAAGGCUGAAACUGCGACAGAGGAUUUGAAGGAAGAAAAACAGUUAGUUGCUUCUUUGAACAAAGACAUACAAGCUUUAGAGAAGCAAGUUUCAGAAGAUAAGGAGUCCCGAAAAUCUCUUGAGAUGGACUUCGGGGAGGCUAUCAAAUCCCUUGAUGAAAUGAACCGAAAUGCAACUAUCCUUUCUGGUGAACUACAGAGAGCUAACUCUCUUCUUUCUAGCCUUGAGAAAGAGAAAGAGGUGCUUAUGAAGUCCAUAACAGAACAAAGAAAUGCAAGCAGAGAGGCCAAAGAGAACAUUGAAGAUGCUCAUAACCUCAUCAUGAAACUUGGCAAAGAAAGAGAGAAUUUAGAUAGAAAAGGGAAGAAAUUGGAGGAGGAAUUGGCUUCUGCCAAGGGUGAGAUAUUGCGCUUAAAGAGUCGAAUCAAUUCUUCUAAAGUUGCUGUUAACAAUGAGCAAUUGCGGAAGGAUGGAGUUGAAAACAAGGUCAAUUCUUCAGAAGUUGCUCUUACUAAUGAACAAGUGCAAAAAAAUGAUGGUGAAAACAAGGUAACUGUAACUGCGCGGAAGACAGUCAGAAGAAGAAAAGCUAAUCCACAAUAA